CUUGCCUGCUCGUUCCUGAAUCACUACGCCUGUCCGCAGGCUUCGCUCCAACUACCAGUAUGUACUGAGUUCAGUCUCCAGUAACGUUUAGUCCGGAGAGCCUUCAGCUGAGAGUAGAGGCAGUGUCAGAUCACGAGCCUUGGGCGAGAAAAUGCUGGCUUCGUGUAGAGCAAUGCACAUCGGAAUCCGAACGUGUGCUCCACUGGCGUGAUAGAGUCACUCACUAGGGCCCUAAUCCUUCGGUUCCGCAGCAUUGAGGCUGCAUUGGUUCCGUUCGAGCGAGCAUUAGAUAGUUCAUUCGCCGGACCCCGCGCUCGUCGUUAUUUAUGUUAGGUAGCUUACCGACAAGCGUUCAGACGGACGCCCAGCAGCGUCUAACGCUCGAGGGCUGUGCUGUGAUGUCACACGUUACGCACCGGUGUGGUCGCACACGGUCGCACAACGCGAGUUAGGCGUCGCUUAGGUCGUCGCAUUGCGGUUCCGCGUCCCGCGCGGCCAUUCUCUUUCGCCGCAUUUCCAUUUUCGGUCGUCGCGUUUCCAUUCCGGGUCGUCGCGUGACCGCUGGCCGCGCUGGCAGGAGACCCCAUGCGAUAAAACUCUAGCUUUGAGGCGCCUAAAAAAUACCCACUGGCAGGAGUCCCCCAUGCGAGUCGCAUUACUCGCUACAUCUGCGACGAUCUUAGCUGUUAGCAGCGGCGUGCGAUGGCGUUUCGCCCGCCAUCGUCGCACGGCCAGGGGCGCGGGGGCGAGGGGAAGGGACAUGGGCUCGCGGAGAAGCUUGGCGGCGAGGGGCGGAGCCACGGGCGCGCGGAGAAGCCCCCGACGAGCAUGAAGGACGGCAGCUGGAUCUCCGCGGACGCGCGGCAGCAGCAGCACGCCGCGCCGUGGAACACGCAGGCGGGGCGAGCGCGGCGUCUGAAGCCGCGCGUGUGGCGAGCGGCGUUCGACGCGGAGGGGCGGCUGGUGCGCAUGCCACAAGUGCUGCGCGCCGUGCUGGACGGGGGCGUGGACCGGUCGAUCCGGGGCGAGGUGUGGGAGUUCCUUCUGGGGUCCUUCUCGCUGGACUCCACGGCUGAGGAGCGCAACUACGUGCGCGAGGCCAGGCGGGAGCGGUUUGCGCAGCUGGUGCAGCAGUGCCGGCGCAUGCACGGGCGCGUGGGCACGGGGCAGCUGGCAUUCCCCGUGGGCUCCAAGAUCAUGGACGUGCGCAUCCUGCACCACACCGCACACUCCACCGCUGCUGCUGCUGCUGCUGCUGCUAGUCCCGCGACUGCUGCUGGUGACUCUACGGGUGCUGCUGCUGCCGGUAGUGCUGCUGCUGCUGGGGGUUGUGAUGCUGGUGUCGGUGAUGCCGCUGCAGGUUCUGCUGCUGCUGUGGUUGGGGGAUUAGGCAGUGGUGGGGACACGGAGCAGAAAAGCUUCAGGCACAGCAGCACGACAACAACUGUGGUCACAGUGGCACCUGGUAACAGCUGCAGCAGCACCACCAUCACCACUACCAGCACCACCACCACUGUCACCAGCACCACCACCAACACGAGCAGCAGUAACAGCACGCGACCAACCAGCAGCCCCAGCGGCAGCAGCAGCAGGCCAGGCACCAGCAACAGCGGCGGCAGAACCCCCACGCCCCACGCCACCAGCAGCAUCACCGGCAGCAGCAGCAGCGGGCUGCCUCGACCACUCAGUGGCUCCUCUGCUGCAGGGGACAGAUUCCCGCGGCAGUUCUCAGACAAGAGCGCGGGCAGCAGCACCCCCGCCAUCCGCAUGGAGCAGCUCAUAGAGGAGGGCGGGCCGCGCCUGCACUCCUCGUCCUUCUCCUGCUCCAUCGACCUCUUUGACCUGGACGACCCUCGCGCCGUGUUUGGGGGGGACGAGGAGGACGACGAUGAGGAGGACGAGGACGAGGAGGAGGGGUUCGGGGAGAAGGACAGGGGUUGGGCGAGAGAGAGGCAGAGGCGAUACGAGCGAGUGGACCACCUGCGAGCGAGCGAUGCUGCUGGGGUGAGGGGGAGGGGGAGCGGCAGUGGCGGUGGCUUUGGCAGUGGGAGUGGCAGUGGGCGUAGAGCGCAGGAUGGUGGCACCAGCAGCAGCAGCGGUGGGGAGAACAGGGCAAGGGACGCUGCGGGGGGCAGCAGAGAGGGGCGCAGCAGUGCAGCGAUGGGUGGGGGAGAGGAGCGCGGAGGGGGGGUUGUUGCAGGGGAUGACAGCGGUGAGGGCAGUACUGUGGAUAGGGGAGGAGGAGAGAGGUUGGGAGAAGGCGAGGGAGGAGCUGGAGGAGCCGGAGGAGCCGGAGGAGGAGGAGGAGUGGCAGCAGGUGCGCAGAGCGAGUCGGGAGCGCGGGGGGCGGGGUUGAGUGGCACGCUUCGCACACGCAGCACGGACGUGGGGCUGCUUCUGCUGGAGCGAGGGGCAGAGGGAGCGGGUGGGAAGCAGCGUGUGCGUGUGGCGCGCUCCCACAGUGCUCGCUCUGAAGAACCCCUUGUCGCCGCCCCGCCUGCUGCCCCUGCCACUGCCGUUCCAGACCAAGGCACCUCUGCUGCCGCCCCGGUUGCCGAGGGCCCACAGUCAGGCAGUGGGACAUCUGCAGCAGCAGCAGCAGCAGAGGAGGGCCCUUGGGGUGGCGCAGCGGGUGCAGGCGGGGCAGGAGCAGAUGGCGCAGCGUACCCCGCUGCAGCAGCAGGGGAAGAGGCGGAAGGGAGUGCGUUCGAUGAUGGUGCAGGCUUGGAGGGGCAGCGGCGCAAGGGCAAGAAGAAGUGGACGCGCCUGCUGCCGGGCAAGGGCAAGGAAGGGAAGGAGUGGAAGGAAGGGAAGGAUGGGAGGGAGAUCAAGUCGAAGCUGCUGUCAGGGGUGGGAUCCGCUAGCAGCAACUCCCUACUGGAGGCAGAUGUCCUCGUUAUAGAGCGAGAGGGGGAGGCAGAGGAGGAGGAGGGCUGGGUGGACGCUGGUGGGGGAGGAGAGGGGGGAGUGGGAGGGGUAGCGGGGGGCGACAGCAAGGGGCCGUGGCAGAGGGGGGUGAAGAGCGUGAAGAAGGCGCACAAGAAGCUCAGGGGGUACCUGGGGGCGGCUGACAGCGCAGGCGGGGAGGCGGGCGCUGGGGAGAGCAGCGACGGGGGCGAGGGGGCGCGGGGGCUGAUGGCGGGGGGCAAUCGGCUGAAGAAGGUGCUGAGCGCGGACUGGGGGGGCGUCUCUGUGGACGACCUGCUUGCUAGCAUCCGCGCUCCCAACCACACCACCGGCAGCGGCAUGAGCAGCAACAGCGCUGGCCACCCAGUGGUUGCUGCAGCUGGUGUCCCUACGGGGAGUAAGCUGGGCAGCAGUAGGGAUGGCAGCAGUGCGGGCGUGAGUCAAAGUGGCGCCGGGUGGGGAGAGAGGCGCAGGGGAAAGGGGGACGGGGCGGGUGAGCUAGGCAGCGUCACGGAAAGGUCCGUGGAAGAGAGGGAUGAUGAAGAGGAGGGGGGGGAGGAGGAGGAGGAGGGGAGGGGGCAAGAGGGGCAGUGUGAGGGAGCAGCUGAGCUUGGCAGCGGGGCGUCCUUCCUCUCCCUCAGCCGCCGCUCCCAGCUCUCCCCUAGAGCAGGCUCGGAAGGGAUUGGUGGGCCGAGAGCACUCAGUGCAUCGUGGGAAGAGGGGGUUGAGGGUGUUGGGGAAGGUGGUGCGGAAGGGGGCAGGGGGCAGCAGGCGUCGCUGAUUGUGGGAGCGGAGGGCAGGCAGGCAGCGUGGCUGGGGGAUGUGGUGGCUUCAACGUCAAUGAGGCGGGCGAUGGGCCCAGGGACGGACCUGACUCCCGCAGCAGCAGGAGGAGGAGGAGGAGGGGAGGGCGCAGGAGGGCAGGAGGUUCUGGUGCGGCGGCGCACAGCAGAGGCGAGGUAUCGGGCGAGUGGGUCUAACGUUGCAGCCGAUGGGCAGGGGAGUGGGGCUCGGCCCGUGCCUGCCUCUGCGGGUGCAGAGGCUGGGGAAGGGGAAAAGAGGGGGCAAGCAGAGGGAGAGACGAGGCAGGAGGGGGGAGGAGAGGGAAGGAGAGGAAGGUUGGCGGAAGGGGAGGAGGAGGAGGUGGAAGAGGGAGAGGAAGAGGAGGAGGAAGAGCCGUGUGCUGUGGGGAGGGCGCUCACUGGAGGGGACGCUGGAAGCAUGGGGAGAGGAGAAGGGGGGAGAGGUGCAGCCGGCCCGUUCGUGGGCAGUGGGCGGACCGAGAGGAGUGAGGGGAGUGAGGGUGGAGCGGGGGAGGGGGCGGGGGAACGGAAGGCUGGCAGCAUUCUGCAGGCGUACGUGCGGCAGCGGUCGUUCAACGGGCGCAACCCCACCGCGGAGCAGAGGGAGAGGGAGGAGGGGGAGGGGGCGGGGGAGGAGGAGGGGGGGGAUGCGCGACUGACGGUGGAUCCGUUGGUGGCAGCCGAGCUGGGGGUGCCGCCUGAGAGGGUCGCAGAGUGGCUGUGGACGCUGCACAAGAUAUCUGUGGACGUGGAGCGCACGGACCGCCACAUGGCGUUCUACGAGGACCGCAGCAACAUGGCGGCCAUGAGCGACAUCCUAGCCGUGCACGCGUGGAUCGACCCCGCCACCGGCUUCUGCCAAGGCAUGUGCGACCUGCUCUCGCCCUUCAUCAUCCUCUUCCCCCACCCCGCCGAUGCCUUCUGGUGCUUCGAAAGCCUCUUCUCCAGAAUCCGCCACAACUUCCUCAUGGAGGGCCCCUUGGGCAUCCUGCGCCAGCUGGCGGUGUUAAGGGACGUGGUGGCGCUGGUGGACCCCGAGCUGGCGGCGCAUCUGGAGGAGCUGGGCGCGGACAACUUCAUGUUCGCCUUCCGCAUGCUGCUCGUGCUCUUCCGGCGGGAGCUGCCCCUCUUGGAUGUGAUCGUCAUGUGGGAGAUGAUGUGGGCGGCGGACUACGACCCGCGCAUGGCAGCAGUGCUGCUGCACCACCCCCCCGAGGGCCUCUCCCUCGCAGCCGAGCCCCUCACCUGGUCCUCCGGCCUCCCCCCUCUCCAGCCCCCCUCCUCCGCCACCCCAGACCCCUCCCCUGCACACCCCGACCAUCCAUCCCUCCCCCCAACGUACCCAGACCCCUCCCCCCCGCUCCCCUUCCCCGCCAUGCCCCCCAUCCCCCCGUCCCUCCCCCCGGUGCUGGCCCUAGGGCUGGGGAAGCGCUCUGGCCGCAAGGGGGGGAGCAUGGGGGGAAGCACUGGGGGGGGUACGGGGGGAAGCGCUGGGGGGAGCAUGGGGGGGAUGGAGGGGGUGGGGGGGAGUGGGAUGUCGCGGUGGGGGGAGGCGCGGGUGGGGGAUGAGGAUCUGGCGGUGUUCUGUGUGGCGGCCAUUCUGCGGGUGAACCGGAAGAGACUGCUACAGGUGGAGGGGUCGGAUGAGGCUAUCAAGAUGUUCAACGACGUGGAGCUGGUGCUGGACGUGGCAUCGUGCGUGCAUCUGGCCAUCAAGAUCCGCGCCAAGUACUGCAAGAAGACUCCUCGGGCUGCCCGUCAGUUACGCUAGCAGGCACAUGCCGCUGGCCCCACCCACGCUGGCAGGCACAGCCGAGCGUCUUCCAUUCUGUCAGGCAUCCUUGGAGCCCACGGGCCCCACGCACACUGCUAGUCUGCUCUGCAAUAGUGAACCUUCGUUGUGCCGCGCAAGUGGCACUGUGGCACACCACACCACAGUACAUGAGCCCAUAGUGAAAAGUUUUGUUGCUUUCCUUUGCCACAUGAGAGGAGCAAGGUAGUCAAUCCAGUCGGCAAGGCAACUCCUGCUAUUGGUGGUAACCACCAGGAUGAUGGUGACACCUAGCCAUCCCAACACCAGGCCCGGUAAUCCUCUCCUUGGGGUUCUUGACUGAAGCUGCUUGCUGGCUUUCAAGCCUUUAGGUGGGUUGAUUGGUUGGAGUCGAGUCGAGUGUACCGUAAGCAUGG